AGGAAAAUUACGUACAUCAUACACAGAACAGCUCAGCUGAGUAGAGUUUGGGUGGACGUUUUGUUAUCACAACAUUUUUUUGCUCCCAACGAAAAAGUACCGUGAAUUUAUUAAGAACAAAAAAAAAAUUAAUUUAGACUUAAAUUUAUAUUAAAAAGAAUCAUGAGUAGGUGCGUUUUCUGUGAUAUAGUCGCUGGGAGAUCUCCCGAUACUAAUAUUGAGUAUGAAAACGAUAAGAUAGUGAUUUUCAGGGAUAUAAAACCCGCUGCGGAGAAUCAUUUUCUGGCCGUUUCAAAAAUUCACUAUGAAAGUGCUAAGACACUGCGAAAAGAGCAUAUUGAUUUGAUUGACGGAAUGGAAAAGUCCUUGACUGAUCACUUGACUAACAUGGGAGUUGAUACAAAAGAUUCUCUUUAUGGAUUCCAUUGGCCACCGAUGAUCAGUGUAAAGCAUUUGCACAUGCAUGCUAUCGCUCCAGCUUCUAAAAUGUCGCUCACUUACCGUCUGAUGUUUAAAGCUGAUUCAUUUUGGUUCAGAACACCUGAAUCUGUCCGACAGACAUUGAGAGAAAGUUAAUUUACAUUAAUAUAACAUAAAUAUAAUAUUCCAAAUUUUUAAUCUUCCAUUUUAGAAUAUUUUGUUUAUUUAAUAAUAAAAAACAAAAAAACCUUCUGAGAUUCAUAUCUAUCCAUUCAAUAUACUAUCUUCUCAUUGUAACAUAUUGGGCUCUUUGAUGUAAUUAAAAAGUGCAGCUUUGUUCUUAAAAUUAGCUACAAUUGGUAUAAAAGUGUACGCCAAUUAAAACUUAUAUAGUACAUACUUUCUACAUACAUUAAAUGUUAAGAUUCAAAUAAAAAUUGUCAUGUUCAUGAAUUAUUAUUACGAAUAAAGAAUAACUUUUACACAGUACACAUAAAUGUCAUAAAACAAAA